AUGGGUCUGGCGCACAGCCGCACCAGCCGGCAGGGGUCCUUCUCCAUCCGUCCUCAACAAGUCGUCUCCCUCGCAAGGGGGGGGCCGACGGGCGGCAUGACAGGGCCAGAGUCGCAGCAGCCGCCUUUGCCUCAGCUGUCUGUACAGAAGACAUUUAUUGUCCGAAAUCCGGUUAACCUUAUCAAGUCCUCGCUUGCAGCAAGUAUUCAAGACAGCCGCGUCUGCGUCUCCUUCCGCUUCGACAGUUUGUGUCCUCUCGAUGUUUCUCUUUUCUUUUUUCCCAGGCAGCCAGACCCACAGUAUUCCAAUGAGCCCCCUUGUAUGUUUGCUUCGCCACCAAGAAGGUUCGGCGCAGGGCUGCAGCAGCUAUUCGAAGCUGCUCCACAAGAGUCGCCGUUGGCUUCGGACUGCCUUGAAUCCCUGAGGGCAAAAGGGCCGGCGCAGCAGCAAGGAGAAGACUGCGACUUGCUGAUACGCCUGCGAGCUGUUUCUACAGAGGAAACAGCUGAAGCAGCAGCUGCUGCCCCAGCAGCAGCAGCAGCAGCGACAGAGGAAGGACUCAGAGCAACAGCAGUAGCAGCAGCAGCAGCAGAAGGGGUCCGGCAGCAGCUGACCAGUGUGGCUUUUGUCUUGCAAGAGUCACCCCACAGCAGCACAAGUCCUAAAUCGCAGCAGCAAGGGCCAGACGAGACUGAAUCGCCCAGUCGCAGCAGCAGUAUAACUGCAGCAGCAGCAGCAGCAGCAGCAGUUGCUGCAGCCCAUGACCCUGUGGCCACUAUGUGGCGCCUCUGUGUCCUCAAGCAAAGAGUGGAACUGGGAUCGCGUUCCUUUGAGGUCCAAGAGAUAUUUGGUAUAGAUGGCGGCCCAGGGUUUGGCCGUCGGCGCCAGGCCACCACAGAGCUCACUAACGGAGCAGCAGCAGCAGCAGGAGACGCAGCAGCAACUGCUGCUCCUACGCGUUUAAGUUCAGGGGAGGAGAAUCUUUCUGGGAGGGAGUGCGUGAUCUGUUUGGCGGAGGAAAGGACAACAGCAGUUUUGCCGUGUCGCCACAUGUGCCUCUGCAGCGAGUCGUGCGGUCGUUGCUGCAGAUAUCAGUGGGCGAUGGAGAAGCCCCACUUCACCCUCCCUAGAGGAGCAGCAGCAACAGCAAGUGAAGCUGUUAUGGCUUUUGCUGCUGCUGCUCUUGCUGCCGCUGAAGUUGCUGCUGCAGUUGCUGCAGCAGCAACUGCAGCAGCGGUCGCCGCAGCAAGUGCUGCCGCCGCUCGUGCUCCUACAGCACAGCACCAUCUACGCGUUUCAAUGGCUAAGCAGCAGCAGCAGCUGCUGCUGCAGCUGCCGCUGCUGUAG